GUGCCAGCGGGCCCGGGGCACUACUUGGCAUUUUUCGAGGGCUGACACUGGAAUGCAGCCACCAGAGGGCAGAUGAAUGAGGGAAACGAACCAGCCACGGGGAGAGCGGCAGGGGAGACGGAGGCGGGCGCUAUUAUUAGAAACCCAGGCCUCGUUUUAAGAGAUGUGGACCCAAUGGGGCAGAGAGACGCUCCCCUGACCACUCCCGCUACACUGCGCGGGCCCAGACCUUGGCGAAGACACAGCAAACAACUAGGCAGGAGCUAGCCGAGCUAAUGCCCGCCGUAGGGGCGGGCUCACCGCGCCAAAGAGGGCGAAAGGGAGGAUCUUAACAAUCUCGAAGCGUGCGGAGCCCGCAGCUCGUAGCGCACGCCUGGAACGCCCAAGGCGGGGCUGCGUUGGGGGCGGAGCCAGACUAACCCCCCACCCCCACCCCCACCCCCGGCCGAAAAGCAGAAGAGCGUGUCCCAGCUACUUGGGGUUCUCAGCUCGAGAGGCUGUGUUGCUAAUAGCAGAGAAGCGCACUUCCGGAAGCUUCACACGGGUGGCGGGAAAGGCCAUGGCCGCAGGUGUGCUGCGGUCCUCUGCGCGGGCUUUGCGUCUGUCAACUGGGCUUCCUGGAACUUGGUGGACACAAAUCAGAGAUACUCACCAGCGAGCUUCAUUGUUGGCUUUCUGGGAACUCAUUCCCAUGAGAGCAGAACCUCCACGAAAGAAGAAGAAGGUAGAUCCUAAAAAGGAUCAAGCAGCAAGGGACCGCUUGAAAAAGAGGAUACGAAAACUGGAAAAGGCCAGCCAAGAGCUAAUUCCCAUUGAAGAUUUUAUUACCCCUCUGAAAUUCUUGGAUAAAUCAAGACAACGACCUCAGGUGGAGCUCCCCUUUGAGGAGAGUGAGCGGAGAGCUCUGCUUCUGAAGAAGUGGUCUGUAUACAAGCAGCAAGAGCAUGACAUGGAGAGGGAUGCCAUCAGAGCCAUGCUGGAGGCCCAGCAGAAAGCUCUACAGGAGCUGAAACUCGAGUCCCCAGAGCUCUAUGCUGAGGCCAUCAAGCGGGACCCCAGAUUGUUCCCCUUUGAGAAGGAAGGGCCAAAUUACACACCACCCAUCUCUGACUACCAGCCCCCUGAAGGCAGGUAUAAUGACAUCACCAAGGUGUACACACAGGUAGAAUUCAAGUGAUAGAAGUUAAGUCAGCUAUCCUCAGAACAUAAUGCCCUCUGGAGAAUGGCCAGAGCAAGUCUACUUUACAAAACAUCAGACAAACUGGUAAUAAAUAAAAGCUUAAUCAAAA